AUGCUCUCUCGUCAUGGUGAAAGGUAUCCAACCAAAACCGCUGGGUCUCGUCACUUGGCACUUGUCGAACGACUGAAAAGACUGGAUAUUCCAUUGAACGGCUCGUUAUCAUUCUUCAACGACGGAUGGGCCUAUUUCACCGACAACCCAGAACAGGACUUUGAGCAACUCACUUCCACCGGUCCCUAUGCAGGGACAUUGGGAUCUUUUACGACUGGCGUACGUUUUCGCACGCGCUAUGGUCAUUUGUUACCCAAACCAGGAUUGAAGAUGAGGUUAUGGGCUAGCGAUUCGAAACGUGUGAUUGACACUGCACGCUAUUUUGCUGCUGGUCUUUUUGGGAUCAGUAUCGACUGGGAAAGAAACGACAUUGCAGAAGUGGAUGUUAUCCCCGAAACGUUGGAUCGUGGCACCGAUACUUUGACGCCGGGGGGUACGUGUGUGCGCUACAUCGAGGACGUCGUCCAUGGUCACGACCAUGGAAGGAAUAUGCUCGCGGAAUUCCAAACCGCGUAUAUCCCGCCUAUUGCACGUCGUUUGAUCGAUGAAGAAAUGAAUCAAGUAGUCGGGGAAUUUACCACACUCGAAAUUUACGCCAUGCAAGAAAUGUGUGGCUUUGAGACUCUUGCGAGAGGGUCAAGUCCCUGGUGUGGUGUCUUCACGAGUCGGGAUUGGGAUCAUUUUGAGUAUGCGAGGGAUUUGAUUCAUUUUUAUCGCGCUGGGCCCGGGAAUCGGUAUGCGGGCGCGAUGGGUUGGUUGUGGUUGAAUGCAACUUCGCAUUUGUUAGAGGCUGGACCUGAUCUGGGAACCAUGUUUUUUAGUUUUGUACACGACGGCGAUAUUGCGCCCAUGUUGACUGCACUCCACAUCUUCGACGACCCCAAGUACGGCAAUCAUCUCCCAGUAACCCAUAUUGCAGAGGAUCGAGUAUGGAAAACAUCAACAGUUAUGCCCAUGGGCGGCAGAAUCACAUUCGAACGACUUCGUUGCGGUGAGAGUAUCGAAGGACAAGACUUGUUCGUAAGGAUAAACAUCAAUGACGAUAUCGUGCCAUUGCCAAAUUGUCACAAUGGACCUGGAGAAAGUUGCCCUCUGGAUCGGUUUGUGAAGAUGGUCCAUAAACGAAGACAUCAAGUUGGGAGGUUUGAGGACGUCUGCGGCACAAAGGAGCAAGAAACAACGGGUCUGAGUUUUUUGAGGCAGCCGUCCUACCAUUCCCUGGAGGAUCUGAGGAGCUUCCCUUCAAAUUUGUGCUCAGGUGGUGACCUCCAUCAAAAGUUAUAA